AUGGGCAAUGUUGGUAUGUUUACUAUUGAUAAGGCUUUAGGAGAGCUUGGAGGGCGCCGCAGACCUAGCGGUUACCAAAUAUUCCUGAAGUAUAGCAAUGAGAUCCGACCUGAGCGCAUGCCGAAAAAGGGUGGUGAGAAAGGUAUCUUAGCAAACCGAAAUCGUAUACUAGGAGCAAAAUGGACGGCAAUGCCACUUCGUCACCAAGAAGUGUUUUCCCCCCCAAUAUUUUAUGCGCUCUCUGGCCUCACUUAUACUAAAGAAGUGAUUAAAGAGAAUGAUGACCUAGAAGAUUCUGAGGACGAAGCCGAAGUUGAAGAGGCUAUUCAUACUUUCGAAUUUGAGCCAGGAGAACGUGCUGAGUUCGAGGCUUUGUAUGAUGAGCUGGUUUGGAAGGCCAAAGUAGCUAAAGAAUAUAGCAAAUCGGUAUCCGGUAAAUCACAAGGUCCUACACUUCCUGAUUUUAACCGGCAGUCGCUCAAAUGUAUUGAGCGGCUUCACAAACAGAUUGGAGACGAAUCGAAAAAUAUGGGAUUCGGUUACUAUCUCUUAGCAUGUAGCACUUAUGCUUCAACCAAAGUAGACACCUCUUCACGCGGUUGGUGCAAAGAGUACACAUCGCAUGAAGAUAUGGCCACAUAUGUUAAUAAAAAGUGUAACUUUGCAACAUUGUUUGGAGCCACUGCACAAGGCCUUUCUGUCGCUGAGACAGUUGCGGAAACAAUUGGAGGAAAUGUGAAGCAUAAACAAUGCGGGAGAAAAGCUGACGCUGGUGAUGUAGUGAAGUCAAAGCUUGCGGCGACCUUAAGAAGCAAACUAUCUUCUUUACUAGGACGUGAUCAAGGGUUUCCUCAUGGCCCAGACCCCGAAGCCAUUUUCAAAGCUAGAGGUUACAACAUCAAGAUGGUACAAAUGCCAGGUUCGACACUUACACAUGAAACUCUGAAGCUUGGCUUUGCUCGAAUGAAUAGGAGUAGGUCCCAAUGGCUGGAUGAUAUCAAUGCUGAUCUUUUUAAGUUGGAGAAGAUUGAUUCCAAUGUGGAUGUUGAAGCAAAUAAAGAAAAUGUGCAUGAGUUUGAAGAAGAUGUUAUCUACACGCAGAUUGUAAAUGAGAUAGAUGAGGAGGAAGAAUGGAAUGGAUUAGGAUUUUGA